AUGGAGUCAUCCGUAGAUUCCAAGAGAAAUCAAAGCUCCAAUGGUGCAUAUGGAGAAGACAUUCUAUCAAACCUUCCGGUACGGGCCGGCUUGAAUUUAUUCAAUGACGAACUCGUCAAGUAUCAAGGUUUUUGGUUCCCGGGCAUUAUUGUGGAGGGAAUACUAAGGGCUCAACGGCACUUCCAGGCUAAUUCAUCCGAUAUCUUCCUAUGUACUGCUCCGAAAACUGGCACAACCUGGAUGAAAACCCUCACUUUCGCCAUCGUGUUGAGGACAACUACGUGCAACCACUGCAACCCUUUACUCUCCAAGUCGCCGCAAGAUUUGCUUCGCAAUUUGAUCACCAAAGAUCCCGAAAACCCUCUAAUCCCCACUCAUAUCCCCUUCUCUUAUUUGCCGAAAUCUGUAUCGGAUCCAUCUUCGAGUUGGUACUGGAAAGCAAGCUUGGAUCAGCCUGAUAAAGUACUGUUCUUGAAAUACGAAGAAAUGAAGGAAGACACGGCUUUUUACGUCGCGAAACUGGCCGGAUUCAUUGGUUAUGGAUUCACCUCUGAAGAGAAACGAGACGGAGUGGUUGAAAAGAUUUGUAAAGGACUGGGAAAAUCAUUUGACACCGCCAUGGCUGCUCGUAUGGAUUCAAUAACCGAGCAGAAGUUGGGUGGUUCUGGUUUGAAUUUGAUCUAUUCAUCUUGA